UUCGGUCAAAGGUCAACCCGAAUACCAACAACAAGCCCGAACAUGUGAGAAGUUGCAUUUUUUAUGAACACGAAAUUGUCUAUUUUCUAGUCUAUACUCUCCAAGAUUUGACUGAUUGGUUGAAGUAGUAGGUGAAACCUCUAGGCAGCAUGAGCAACUGGGGUAAUUGGGGGACAUCCUUCGGCUAUGCAGACGGCAGUGGUGAUGAGGACGAGGAUGGGGAUGCGGGGUACCAGACCGCCUUUAGCACUAAGGACGGUCUCAUCUUCCUGGUGGACUGCGGCGAGUCUAUGUUUCAGAAGGCGGAGCCUGACGAGGACAGCCAUUUCCAGCUUUGCGUCAAAUGUGCCCGCAGUGUGUUGACCAAUAAGAUCAUCAGCAGUGACAAGGAUAUGUUGGGAGUUGUCCUCUUUGGAACGGAGAAGAACAAAAACAGCGGGAACUUUGAACACGUCUACGUACUUCAGGAUCUUGACAAUCCCAGCGCUGCACGAAUUCUGGAACUUGAAAGCUUGUUAGAGGAUGAUUAUGACUUCAAGGCCAAUUUUGGCCAUAAUGCCGGCUUCUCACUCAGCGAUGCACUUUGGACAUGCUCCAAUAUGUUUUCACAGAGCACCCAGAAAAUUGGUCACAAGAGAGUUCUACUGUUCACCAACAAUGACGACCCCCACGCUAACGACCUCGCGGCCCAACGGCAAGCCAAGACCAAGGCUAAAGAUCUGCAUGAGAUUGGCAUCGACAUUGAACUCAUGCAUCUGGCUCAACCAGGCAAAGACUUCGACCAUUCCAAGUUUUAUCAGGACAUUGUGUUUUCACCAGACGACGAAGAUCUUGGCGUCCUGCCAGACCCAGCCGAGAAGUUUGAGGAGUUGCUCAAUCGAGUCCGGGCCAAGGACCACAAGAAACGCUCGCUGGGAAGACUGAAUUUUAACCUUGGCCAAGGGUUGGAUCUCGGAGUAGGAGUUUAUAAUCUUGUACGACAACAGACCAAACCAUACCCAGUCAAGCUGUACAAGAAAACCAACGAACAACUCAAAAGCAAGUCACGCAUGUUCUGUGAGGAUACCGGAGAACUACUCAUGCCGACAGACAUUAAGAAAUAUCAGAUGUACGGAGGAAGGAACAUCGUCUUUGAAAAAGAAGAAAUUACUGAAAUGAAGAACUUUGGCGAAUCAGGUUUAGUUCUGAUGGGUUUUAAGCCUCGCUCUUCCCUCAAGCGAUAUUUCCACAUCCGCCCCUCCCAGUUUCUCUUCCCCGACGAAAGUGUGGUCAAGGGAAGCACCUCCCUGUUUUCCGCCUUGCUCCAGCGUUGCCUGGCGAGGGACGUGGUUGCAAUCUGUCGUUUCAUCCCGCGCAAGAACUCCACGCCAUUCUUUGUCGCACUCUGUGCCCAGGAGGAGGAGUUGGAUGAGCACAAUGUUCAGGUCACGCCUCCCGGAUUCCAUCUCAUCUACUUACCCAACUCCGAGGACAUCAGGAAACUGACCCUCCCUGAACAACCCAGAGCGAAUGUUGAUCAGAUCGACAAAGCCAAAGAGGUCAUCAAGAAGCUGCAGUUCAAAUUUAAGAGCGAGAAUUUUGAGAACCCAGUCCUGCAGACACACUACCGCAACCUGGAAGCUCUAGCCCUCGAUCGGGACAAACCAGAAGACAUCGUAGAUCAUACAGCCCCUGACUUUGCCAUGAUUACCAAGCGGGCUGGGGACAAGAUCGAAGAAUUCAAGGACUUGGUUUUCCCCGAUGGGUAUGUGCCUGGUGCCAAGCAACGUAAGGUUGGGGGUGAUUCCAGCAGAGCAAAGCCAACAGUCGAUGUGGAUAUGAACCAGUAUGCCCAACAGGGAAAGCUGGGUAAGUUGACCGUUGCUGUCCUGAAGGAAUUCUGCUCCAAGAACGGUCUCUCCACUGCGGGCAAGAAAAACGAUCUCAUCAAGACCGUCUCAGGUCACUUUGGUGUUUGAAUCCCGACCUAUGACCUCGCCAGGCCUUAACACUUCCAACUACUGUUCAUCUCUGUUUUCUUUAUAGUCUGGUGGCAUAUGGUCGGAAUUGUGACCGACUGGUCCAAAUCACCAAACAUGGCAGAUGGAUUCUUGUAGCCCUAAAGAAGAUAUUUCGAAGGGGUGACAUCUAAAACAAAUUGGGGAAGGGUGCCUAAUUUGCAUAAAUCGUUAAUACCUGCCGUGUAAUAUAUUUGAUUCCCAUAUUGGGUACGUUUUUAUUUUAUAAUUUUUUGAAAAGUAUAUUCUGGGAAUUCCACUUACAUAUCCUUACUUAAAUAAUAUUUCAUAAAAGCAUAACAGAGACUAGACGAUUACGAGGACAUAAUAAUUAAUAAAGAUAAAAAAAUGGCUACCAUUAUACCCUAAA